AUGUUCAUCAAGGCGCUGAUCGUCACAAUUUGCUUGGCCGUUCGAGCUGAAGAACACUGUCCGGAGGCCAUUAAGCAAUACUUCGAGUGCUCUAGCAAAGCAAAGGGCGUAGUGGACGAAGAGUUACAGAAUUUCCUGCGGUUUUCUAACGGAAUUGAAAAAUGUUUCAAUGCUCAUCCAUGUGUCGAUGCAGAUGUUCCGCCACCGUCGACAGCCGCACAGCCCUCAGAUGCAGAACUGAAGGAAAAGGCGAACUCUGCGCAGGAAACUUGCUGGUCGGAAAUCUUCAAUCUACCGACUUCACUUUUAAAGCCAAUAAAACCCCUGUCAGAGCUUCCGGACAAUUACAUAAUAAUUGAUUCUGUGCUUGGGGCUGGCAAUGGAACGAUUUAUGAGGAGAUCGCAGCAAAUGUGCAGCGGAGUAUCGAAGACCUGACCGCCGCAGCCAAGUGUUCUCCUGAAGAUUUGGCGGAAAUAAAACACUGCAUAUCUGAAUUGGUCGAUGCCUCCGGUCGUCCGAAGAUUGCCGUUACGACAGAAGCCGAAGCAGAAAAUCGUUUUAACAGCUUUUGCAACGAACACAAACAUUGCUUGAACAUAAUACCUGAGUCUUGUACUACUGCUCUGAAGGAGCGUGAAAGCAAAUUCUGUAGCUGCUUCACGGAAAAGUUUCGCAAACUCUUGGCGCUACCAAACACGCAGUUGGACGCUGAGCCAAUGGUGCUCAUCAGCAACCCUGAAAUAUGCGAUUCUUUUACUGAAGUCAUGUUCUGUCGAGAAAGUUUCAACGACGUUCGCGCUGACUACGACAUCGUAGACUUCUGA